AUGCCUGAAUCGCGAGAGGAGUCGCCGGGCGAUGGGUACUUUAACGACCUGGCCCAGCAGCCUGGGAACGACCCCAAACCGAGCGAUGCGAAUCAACGGCGCACGUCGCAAGAGGAGAACAACAGCCAGGUCCCCAAGCCGAAGAGGAUCGCGUGUGUGCUGUGCAGGAAACGGAAGCUGAAGUGCGAUGGCACCAAGCCUUCGUGUGGGACUUGCACGCGACUGCAACAUGAUUGCUCGUAUGAUGAGGUGAGGAGGAAGAGUGGCCCGAAGAGGGGAUAUGUCAAGGCGUUGGAGGCGAGGCUGGCGCAGGUUGAGACGUUGUUGAAGACGCAGGAGGAUGUACCACCGGUGCCGACGAAUGCGCAGAGUAACAGUAUGCUGCCUGAAUACGACAAUCCUGGAAUGGGAGGGAGUGCAGUGCCGCCCGCGCUGUCGAACAUACCAAACGCCUUUCCGACUCAAUCAGCGCACGCCCAGAGUACGCUUGGAGCUGCCGGCGGCCUCGAUGUCAGUGGCUCGCCCGCAGAGCCCUUCCCUUGGGAGAUGAUUGGUCUGGGACUCGACGAGCCUCUACCUACUCAAGAUGUCAUUGACGACCUCAACCGCAUCUACUUCGAGAAAGUACACCCUUCCCUGCCCAUGAUCCACCGACCGCGUUACUACGCAGCAAUGAACCUGGCACCUCACAUGCGCCCUCCAGUCUGCUUACGCUACGCCAUGUGGUGUAACGCCGCUGUCGUCUCCGACAAAUAUGAAGGUCUGCACGAACACUUCUACCAACGCGCGCGGAAGUACAUUCAACAAGACGAGAUGAAAGGGCACGGCGAGGGCAUGGUCACAAUAGCGCAUUGUCAAACUUGGGCACUCCUGGCAACUCAUGAGUUUAAGUUGAUGUACUUCCCACGCGCCUGGAUGUCUUCGGGCCGCGCUUGCAGAAUGGCGCAGGCGAUGGGGCUGCAUAGACUGGACGGGACUGGGCUGGACGUGAAGCAAUGCAUUCCCCCGCCGAAAGACUGGACCGAACGUGAAGAACGGAGGAGGACGUUCUGGAUGACGUUUUGUGUAGAUCGAUACUCUAGUAUCGGGACAGGGUGGCCGAUGACGAUUGAGGAGAGGGAUAUCCUGACGACUCUGCCCACGGAUGAGGAUUCUUAUGAAUUCAGCAAACCGUCGAAGACAAUGACACUUCCUGAUGCGCUGGAUCCUGCUGGACUGCCGGGACUCUCUCCAUUUGCGGGUGUGAUUCUUAUGGCGUGCUUGUUUGGACGAAAUCUGCUGCAUCUGCAUCGACCUGCUCUGGAUGACAACGACGAUGACUUGAAUGGCGAGUUCUGGAAACGGCAUCGGAGUAUUGAUAAUACCUUGUUGAAUAUAGCGCUGGCGCUACCUGAGGCGUUGAGGUUGCCGUCUGGGUUGAAUAAUCCGAAUGUUGUGUUCUUGAAUAUGAACAUCCACACUUCGACGAUUUGCCUGCAUCAAGCGGCCAUCUUCAAGGCGGAUAAGAAUCGUAUGCCGAGUAGGAUAUCGGCGGAGAGUAAGAUUAGGUGCAUUACGGCUGCGGCGGAGAUUGCGAGCAUUAUGCGGCAGAUCAGUCAUUUGGAUCUUGCGAUGAUGAAUCCUUUCAUAUCCUUCUGCCUAUACGUUGCCGCCCGUGUCUUCGUCCAAUACCUCAAAUCCCGCCCGAAAGACACCCAAGUCAAAGCCUCCCUGCAAUUCCUCCUCUCCGCCCUCCACGCCAUCAAGAAGAAGAACCCCCUCACCGAAUCCUUCCUGGUCCAACUCGACGUCGACCUCGAAGGCGCUGGCCUCGACGACUCCCGCGCCCUCCGCCUCCAGUUUCAUCGCGGCACGUCCAAUAAACCAACCAAAAUGCCCACAUGUCCCCAAGAUCACCUUGGCAUACGACCCGUCUAUGGCGACACGGGAAUGGCAAAGUACAAUCAACCUACCCGCACACCCAUGGUUGCUUCUGGCGGUGCUGCGCAGUCGGGAUCGUUCGUGGGGCACACGAGGGAUUUCGCGAGCGGUGAUGCUGCUGCGUCGUAUGAUCAGAGUAGUACGGGAUAUAGCAUGAACAUCCCCAUCCGGACGCCGGGAUCAAGCUCCCUGGACGCGAAUAGUUGUCCUGGUCCGUACAAGAGUCCUGCGAUCGUGCCGGAUAUGGAUACGAGUCCUGAUGGCAGUAAUGAGAACCAAACGCCCGGGUCGAGUACACAAUCGCAAGGCUACGGCGGUAGCGGGCACAACGGCUCAAACAGCCACGCCAGCAGCCACACCGGCUACUCCCCGCAAUCCCAGCACCAACACGACCCCCAAACCGGCGGCGCGGGCACGACGCAGGAAGACCAGCUCGCGGCAAUGGUCGACCCUGGAAACGCCAUGUUUAGCAAUGACUUUGAAAUGUUCACAUUCCCGCACAAUGCCAAUACGCAUCAACCGGGUUUCGUCCUGCCACAACAACAACAACAACAACAACAACAACAACAACAGUGGCAUCAAGGUACGAGUACGGGCAUGACGCCCGGUGCGAGUGGGAUGUAUGGGUUUGCGGGUAAUGGUGAUUUGAUGAAUGGGAUGAGUGAUCAGGAUUGGAAUUCUGUGCUGGAGAAUUUUUCCGGGUGGGAGACGGGGAUGGAGGGGCAG